GGGAGUGUAUCUCUAGAUGAAGCAAUGAUAGCUACUUUCUUGGAUUCCAGAUUUAAAUCUCUAAAUUUUGCGUCAGAAUCAAAAAUAAACAGAACAAAAAGUCUUUUGAGAAAAAUAUAUGAAGAGGAAAAACAGAAUUUAGGCAGAAUGAAAUUGACGAAUAUAUGGUUCUUAAUGAAAUUGGAUUUAAUGCGUCCUUUUAAAUGGUGGGCUUCUCAAGAGUUACAUUUUCCAAUUAGGGAUGCUAAUGUUGACUGA